CCCCCGCCUUUUACCAGCCCUUUAGAACGUUGGACGUCGCCGCGUUCGGAAGAAGGAAACUUGGGCUCCGCAGCGUUCUACCCUUAAAGGGGCGCGUCGCACCGUCAAAAAGGGGCAAAAAGGUCCUGCAAGAUGAGGGAAAUCGUGCACAUCCAAGCCGGCCAAUGCGGUAACCAGAUCGGCGCCAAGUUCUGGGAGGUGAUCAGUGACGAGCACGGCAUUGACCCCACUGGCACGUACCACGGCGACAGCGACCUCCAGCUGGACCGCAUCAGUGUUUACUACAAUGAGGCCACAGGUGGUAAAUAUGUACCCCGUGCCAUCUUGGUCGACCUGGAACCCGGCACCAUGGACUCAGUCCGGUCUGGUCCUUUCGGCCAGAUCUUCCGACCAGACAACUUUGUCUUUGGUCAGAGUGGAGCCGGGAACAACUGGGCCAAGGGGCACUACACAGAAGGGGCUGAGCUGGUAGACUCAGUCCUGGAUGUGGUAAGGAAAGAGGCAGAGAGCUGUGACUGCCUCCAGGGUUUCCAGCUCACCCACUCACUGGGCGGAGGCACAGGCUCUGGCAUGGGUACCUUGCUCAUCAGCAAGAUCCGGGAGGAAUAUCCAGACCGUAUCAUGAAUACCUUCAGUGUAGUGCCCUCACCUAAGGUCUCGGACACAGUGGUAGAGCCCUACAAUGCCACCUUGUCAGUCCACCAGCUGGUGGAGAACACUGAUGAGACCUACUGCAUCGACAAUGAGGCUCUCUACGACAUCUGCUUCCGCACCCUCAAACUGACCACACCUACCUACGGUGACCUCAACCACCUUGUCUCAGCCACCAUGAGUGGAGUCACCACCUGCCUCCGUUUCCCAGGCCAACUCAAUGCUGACCUCCGCAAGUUGGCUGUCAACAUGGUCCCUUUCCCUCGUCUCCACUUCUUCAUGCCUGGCUUUGCCCCCCUCACCAGCCGUGGGAGCCAGCAGUACCGGGCCCUCACAGUCCCCGAGCUGACCCAGCAGGUGUUUGAUGCCAAGAACAUGAUGGCUGCCUGUGACCCCCGCCACGGACGCUACCUCACGGUGGCUGCUGUCUUCCGGGGCCGCAUGUCCAUGAAGGAGGUGGACGAACAGAUGCUGAAUGUCCAGAACAAGAACUCGAGCUACUUCGUGGAGUGGAUCCCCAACAAUGUCAAGACAGCUGUGUGUGACAUCCCACCCCGGGGCCUCAAGAUGGCUGUCACCUUCAUUGGCAACAGCACAGCCAUCCAGGAGCUCUUCAAGCGCAUCUCGGAGCAGUUCACGGCCAUGUUCCGCCGCAAGGCUUUCCUCCAUUGGUACACAGGCGAGGGCAUGGAUGAGAUGGAGUUCACAGAAGCUGAAAGCAACAUGAAUGACCUGGUGUCUGAGUACCAGCAAUACCAGGAUGCCACGGCCGAGGAAGAGGAGGACUUCGGUGAGGAGGCUGAGGAGGAAGCUUGAGGCUCCACCCAUUGCUGCCGCCAGGAACAUGCCCCUCUGCAGAUGUCAAUUAAAGUGGAAAAGAAAUUGCAUUGCAUUAUGGUUCUUUUUUUCUUUUCCCCAUAUUUCUCUCUCUCUCUCUGUCUGUCUCUCUCUCUCUCUCUCUCUCUCUCUCCCUUUCUUGUUCCCCCUAAUGGCUUCCUUCCAUCUGGCUUCUUCCAGGGCUGAGGGAACCGAUACCAAGGCCACCAUCUUUAAAGCAGGAGGGACCUGGGCAUUGGUUAUCCUAAUUGCUUCCUUCUUUCCAUCCUACUUCCACUAGGGCUGAGUGAACUGAUGCCAUGGCCACCAUCUUUGUAAUGCUUGUAGACCUGAGCAUUGGGGAAAGAGAUGCUAUUUUCUUUCUUCUCUCUCUCUCUCUCAAUUUUCUCAGACUUGCUCUUAUGUAAUUUUUUUUCUUUUAAUGUUUCCUUCUGGCAAAAACCAAGCCCCUCACUGUUUUAAUUCCCAUUGCCUGCUGUCACUGCAUCUGAAGGCAUCUCUUUUCUUGCCCUUCAAGGAGUCUUGGAAAUUCUCUCUCCAAGCACGAGUUGAAAUCGUGGUUCUUCUCAACUACAAAUUCCUUUGUUCAUAGGUGAAAGCUGAGAUGGUUCUCCAUAGCUGCCUGGGGUGGGUGUGGCGGGUUCAGGCACUGAAAUUAAAAAAGGUUGAGUUGGUUAAAGACUGGAAAGAGUAGAGUUGUGUGUAUGUUGGCUGGAGAAGCAAUCUUCUUUUCUUUGGUCCUGGAGAAAUGGAGAGUUGAGUCCAGGUUAUUUUCUUUAAUCUGAGGAAGUUCCCAAAUGUCCCAAUUUUGGUUCCCCAUUUGGGGAAGUCUUUUCCAAGGCCAGAGGGGUUCUGGCCAGAGGGGGUAGGGAGGCUUUUCAAGGAAGGGCCCCAAGCUGGAGAGACAAAAGAGGGUCUUCUGGGUGUGAGGAAAGUAGGCUGGGAGAAGGGCAUGUGGAUGGGUGGAUCCCAUUUUCUUCCCUCAUGGACUCUCCCCUGACUUAAUACAUGCCUCAUCCAGACUUGAAUGAGCCAUGGUGAAUGGGUUGAAACAGUAUUGGUAGGACUACAGAAAGAAUCCCUUGUUGGCCUGACCUAGGGAAUGAACUCUUUCCUCACCCAAGAUGGAGAUGCUGACAAAGCUGUCGGAGAUCUAUUUUCCGUUUUUGUCCAUAAAAAGCCCAAUUCCUUGGUUCCCAUGUAGCUGGCGUGGCUUCUGCUCAGCUAGUUAGCUUCCUUGGGGAGUCUGUAUCUAUUUAUUUUGUGGGGUCCAGCACCUUGCUCUACCAUGCAGGUGCCACCCCUUGCAUUUUGAGUUGGCUUUUAGUCCCCCAAACCUUGCCCUACAGUGAGGAAUGUACCCAGGGCAGAAAGCUGUCUCUGUCUUCCACCUCCC